CCGCUGAGCCGCCGAGCCGCGGAACCCGCCUGCUGCCCCCGGAGUAGGCGGCAGGAUGCGGAACCAGAGCGGCUGGCCCAACUCCAGCGCGCCUGCCCCGGGCUACGAGAACGACACCUGGCCCGAGUACCCCAUGCACCUGUUCCCAGCCCCGGUGCUGACGGGCAUCACGGUCACCUGCGUCCUCCUCUUUGUCGUUGGGAUUCUAGGCAACCUCAUGACCAUGCUGGUGGUGUCCCGGUUCCGAGACAUGCGGACUACGACCAACCUCUACCUGUCCAGCAUGGCUUUCUCCGACCUGCUGAUCUUUCUCUGCAUGCCCCUGGAUCUCUUUCGGCUCUGGCAGUACCGACCCUGGAACUUCGGAGACCUCCUCUGCAAGCUCUUCCAGUUCGUCAGCGAAAGUUGCACUUACUCCACCAUCCUCAACAUCACAGCCCUGAGCGUGGAGAGGUACUUCGCCGUCUGUUUCCCCCUCAAAGCAAAAGCAGUGAUCACCAAAGGGAAAGUCAAGCUGGUCAUCCUGGUCCUCUGGGCUGUGUCCUUUGCAAGCGCGGGACCUAUUUUUGUCUUGGUUGGGGUUGAGCAUGAGAACGGAACGAACCCCUUGGACACCAACGAGUGCAGAGCUACGGAGUAUGCGAUCAAAUCAGGGCUGCUCACCAUCAUGGUCUGGACCUCCAGCGUCUUCUUUUUCCUGCCUGUGUUUUGCCUGACUGUGCUUUACAGCCUUAUUGGGAGGAAAAUCUGGAGGAGGAAGAGAAAGAACAUAGGACCAAAUACCUCUAUCAGGGACAAGAACAACAAACAAACUGUGAAAAUGUUAGCUGUGGUGGUGUUUGCUUUCAUACUCUGCUGGUUGCCUUUUCAUGUAGGACGAUAUUUGUUUUCCAAAUCCUUUGAAGCCGGAUCCUUGGAGAUAGCUGUGAUCAGCCAGUACUGCAACUUGGUGUCCUUCGUCCUCUUCUACCUUAGUGCUGCCAUCAACCCUAUCCUGUACAACAUUAUGUCUAAGAAGUAUCGAGUUGCUGCUUGCAGGUUGUUUGGACUCAAAGCACUCCCAAAGAACAGAUUCUCUGUUACAAAGCAGGAACAUUCUCGUGCUUGGUCAGAAUCUAGUGUGAUUACAUGACAACCUAUAUCAAGUGCUAAAGCAUCACUUACAAUAUUACACAGAAAGCCAUAACAAAAGAGAAAGAUAUUCAAAGCAAAAUGUGAAACAGUAUUUCUGUUCAUCACUGGGGCUUGAUGAAAGAUAUGAUGUAGACAGUUAAAGGUAAGAAAAAUGAGUUGAGCACUGAGCAGAUAACAGGUGAUCCAUGCUGACAGAACUCAGCAAUGCUCUAGUAUUAUUUUCCUGCAGCUUUUGGUGCCUAUGAUUUUAUAUGAAGACAUUGGCAAGGGAGCUGGGCUUUACCAUUAAAAAGCAGGACGCAACCCUGUCCACCUUACCUAUGUGACUUCAUUGGGAGCUAAGGUGAGCAGGAUUUGUUCCAUGAUAACCUUAACAUGUCAAUGGAAUCAGGAUAGCAAUCCGAUCAACUUCAUUGAGACUUUUGCCUAAGUAAAGAUGAGUCCCUAGAAGAAGUUUAAUUCAGCUGCCUUUUGCGAGUAAACAUUGAAUUUGUUGUGCUAUGCCAUAAUCAUGGUCAAAAGCAUUCAAGGGGAAAUGAUUUAUGAAAGAGAAAGAAAUAAAAGUGGAAAAGUUUCAAACAUGCUAAAAAUCAAUGACUUUCAGAUCAUGUCAGAACAGAAGGGAAAUAAAAACAAUACCUUAGGCAGAACUGCCUUACAAAGCUAUUAGAGCAGUACUGAAUUUUUUUUUUUAAAUGUAUCAGUAUGGCAAGGACAGUAUUGGCUUCAGAAUCACAACGAUGUAGUAAGGAAAACUACUGAAUGCAAUCCCCACCAAAGUGAUCUUUUAAAGAAGAAAUAUUCCUUAGCAUGAUAUUUUUUCCCACUAAAAACAUUAAAUCGCAAAUCUCAUCAAAAUGCGACUGAAAAGAUAGUUAUAUCAUUCACACAGUUUCUUUGGCUUGAUUGUAAAUAUCUUGAUGUCUUUGAACUUGCAAGCUUUAUUGUUUUAAUAUUGUAACAAAUCUGUGACUAGCUAGGAACUAAAAAGAAAAGGAGUACUUGUGGCACCUUAGAGACUAACAAAUUGAACUGUCCAUUUGUCAUUGUGCUGAACAUCAUGGCCAUUCAGAAUUUGGUUACAGGGAGGGUAAUUAACCAUUGCAAUGAACAAUUUACUAAGGGUCAUGGUGGACUCUCCAUCACUGACAAUAUUUAAAUCAAGAUUGGAUGUUUUUCUUAAAAAUAUGUUCUAGGAUUUAUUUUGGGGCAGUUCUAUAGCCUGCUAUAUACAGACCAGAUAAUCACAAUAGUCCCUUCUGUGAAUGUAUGAAACUCCUGUCCCAAAAGCACAGCUCCCUUUCAUCUAAAGAAUAUCAGUUUGCUGUUACCAGUAUAGUGCCUUUGACGCACCGCUGAGCAGUUCUGAUUCCAUUCAGCAGAGAGCAGUGACACACUUUAAAACACACACAGGGUUGCUGAUCUUCAAAACCCUUGAAUUCCAUUGAUUUUUGUAACUCAGGUCUCUUUUUCCAGUACUGUCCAUCUUUUAUGCUGCAUGCAUGUCCUGUACUGCCUCUACUGUUAUGUAGGCUUAUACAAUCUUAUAGCAUGCAUGUGGAAUAGUAGAUUUAUACUUAUUUUGUUUCUUGUAUUUGUUACUGGUUGGCCCAUAGCUUGCUCCACUUAAUAAAUUAUCUGUCUUGUCCAAAAUUCCUUUAAGGAUAAUGGGCCAUAUUCUACUCUUUUACACCUCCAGUUAAUGGAAUGGCUCGGGUGUAACUAAGAGCAGAAUUUGGCCUAUUCUGUAUCUGCUGUAUGUUUUGCAUAUAGAUUGUUUUGUUUGGGCUGUGCUAUCUGAAAAGCAUUAAAGUUAAGACUGCUUCUUUUGGGAUAUGACACCUGAGUCCAUUUUGUGGCCUGAUCCUGCACUUGCUGAAGUCAGUGAACAUCUGUAAUGUGAAGUAAUUGGGUGCAAAUGUAUAGGUGAAGAGACAAAAGCAGCUGGGUUUAUAACCAUCCAAGAUGCAAAGGGUUAACAAAUUAAAAACUCAAGGGUAAGGCAAGCCUCUGACUGUUUGACACCAGUUCAUGUUCUGCUAGUAUGAGACAGAAGCAGGUAACUGACAGACUAGACUAUAGAAUUGUCCCUGAGCUGGUCUCUAGCAGCAUCUCUGCUUUGUUGAUUUUUUUCAUUUUUCUGUUGAGACACAAACAGGGUUCUGGUUAGAUACAUCAUACAACUCAGGGAAAUGAGAAACUGGGGGAUCUUGAAAAGAUUGUAAAGAUAUUAUUAGCUUAGAAACUGUGUUACUCUGUAUACAAAUGGAACAUAACCAUAAACAUUUCUAAAUUUAACUGUGUUUGAUAGUAUUAUGCGUGGACAGAAAAUGUAAUAAAUUUAUGAGAAAAUUUCCAAUACUACUGUUUACACUAUCUGGGGAGGGAUGGGAAUUAGAAACAUUUCUAAUGUGUUGCUUUUAUUCCCAAGGUAAAAUAUAACUAUUGCUCAGAUUCAUUACUUAGCAUAAAUAACUUCUUGUAAGGAAAGUUUGAGCCUGAGUCUCAUUACACUAAAACCACUUUACAUUGC